UGGAAACCUUCAUUUCUAAUCUAAUCAAUCAAAACUAUUCAGCAUAUUUAUCUGCUAUAUCUAUUAUUGAAAAAAGUGCCUGCAAUAUCUCUUCCACAUUGAAACAUGACUGUAUUGAAAGAAUCAGGUGGUCUUUUACUUUCUAUUAUCCUAAUCCUCAUUUUUGGAGCAUGUAUCGGUUUCAAAAGGCAUUUGGACAAAUGAAUAAUUAUAAUAUAAAUAUAAAUCAAGAAAUAGUGACGGUUGGUAUGAGUAACAUUGUUGGGUCAUUUUUUUCCCGUGUACUGGUGCUAAAACUCCAUUUAGUAGGUAUUCUUUUCAGGUGCAAUCGCUCUUCUUGCUCUUUAUGUAUUGACACCUGCUUUUUAUUAUACUCCUGAAGCAGUAGUCAUUUAUGCGGUCAUUGAUCUUGUGUGUCAAAACCUAUCA